AAAUAUAUUAUUACUUGAUAAAGAAAUAGUUUUCUUUUAUAAUAAAAAUAUUUCGCGGUACUUAAUUUUCCCUUCCCUUUACGGAUUAAAUUUGCAAAUUUUUCCAAAAUUUAGAGGUUAUGUUUUAAUACUUUCACUUUUCCGAGAAUUUUCAAUUUAAAUUUAUACUCUUAUUAAAUACGUAAUAUUUUUGCGAAAAAUCGAAAUUAAUUGAUACACGCGCUUAAUAGUGAAAGGGUGACGUUAUUUUAUUUUUUUCUGUGAAAAAUUCAAAAAAAACAUUGAAUUUUGUUUUUUUUAAUUACAUUUUGAUAAUUGCGUUUGUAAUAUAUAUAUAUAUAUAUAUAUAUGUACAUAGGCGUGUUGUAUAUAUAUAUUUUUAAAAAAACCUUGUGACAAACGACGUGAGUGAAAAUAAAUCACCUUGGCUACAUAUUUUCUUGAUCAGAUUUCUUCGUGAUUUUCGCAAGCGCAAAAAAGAAACAAUGGCCGCAUUUUUUGUAAAACGUGCUUUAAAUACAAAUCAACAAUUUUUCUGUCGAUCAUUAUUAUUGCCAAUUACAACACCAAUGCAAUUGCAUUAUGCUAAUUAUGGUGAAAUGACAAAUGGUCCAAUAAAAAUACUCGACAAUAAAAUUGCAAACGGUGAAUUAAUGAACGAUGAACAUCAAAGAAAAGUUAUUGAGGCAUUAGAAAAUGUUUAUCAUCAAAUUGAAAAUUAUCAACCGCCAACGAGACAUGGAUUAUUUAGUAAAUGGAUUGGAAAUAAGGGAAAUAGUAAAAAAAAGAAAAAAACACCCAAAGGAUUAUAUCUUUAUGGAGCAGUGGGUGGAGGUAAAACAAUGUUGAUGGACCUAUUCUAUAAUUGUUGUCAGUUGGAAAAUAAACGAAGAGUUCAUUUUCAUUCGUUUAUGUUGGAUGUCCAUAGUAAAAUUCAUGAAAUUAAAAAAAAUGUCGUUCGCGAUAGAAGUAGUACAAAAUUACAGCCUUAUGAUCCAAUUCCUCCUGUUGCUGAGGAAAUUAUUAAAAAUGCUUGGCUACUUUGUUUCGAUGAAUUUCAGGUAACAGACGUGGCGGAUGCAAUGAUAUUAAAAAGAUUAUUCACCGAAUUAUUUAAUAAUGGUGUGAUAAUGAUUGCAACGAGUAAUCGUUCGCCUGAUGAUUUAUAUAAAAAUGGAUUACAAAGGAGUAAUUUCGUUCCUUUUAUUCAAGUAUUAAAAGAUCAUUGCACUAUUCAUUGUUUAGAUUCGGGAAUUGAUUAUCGUGCAAAAGCCGGAUCCGGAAAGGAGAAGAAUUAUUUUGUAAAAAACGAGGAUUCCGAUAAGGAUAUUGAUAAAAUUUUCAAGUAUUUGUGCUCAAUGGAAAAUGAUAUGAUUCGAUCGAAAAUUCUCACGAUAAGAGGACGAAAUGUGACGUUUAAAAAAACUUGCGGACAAGUUAUGGAUUCGACAUUUGAGGAAUUGUGCGAUAGACCACUUGGUGCAAGUGAUUACAUUGAAAUUUGCCAAGCUUUUCACACAGUAAUUAUCAGGGACGUUCCACAAUUAAAUUUAAAGAUAAAAUCACAAGCGAGAAGAUUUAUCACUCUCAUUGAUACACUCUACGAUAGUCGGGUAAGAAUUGUCGUUUCUGCUGCGGCUCCUCACACGGAACUUUUUGCACCUGAAGCUGAUGCAGAAUAUACAGAUGAAAAAAGAGCAUUGAUGGAUGAUUUGCAAAUUUCUCACGGCUCUGAAGAUCAUAAAUCGAAUAUUUUCACCGGCGAGGAGGAAUUAUUUGCAUUUGAUCGCACAGUCUCACGAUUAUCUGAAAUGCAAACCACGGAAUAUUGGCAAGAAUGGGAUCGUCAUAGAUAACGAAAAUGUGCCACGUGUCAGGAUCGACAUAACCUCAAAAGUUUGACAGACGUAAAUAUUUUGAUAUAUAUACAUGAAUUCGUGUGCGAAAAAAACAGUUUCAAUCAAUUUUUAUCGAAAUAAUUUAAUUGUAAAAUCAUU